AUGCAGCAACGACUCCAAGCUGUUCUCUUUUUUUGGGCUUCCAAGAGAGAUUCAUUGAACCUUUCAAAGGACCUCGGUGCCGACAUGGAAGAGGCUAUGGAAACAGGCGACAUUUUCCUCGGCACUGUCGUCGCUGUCUUGACAAUUGUCGGGAUCAGUGUAACCAUUAACCUGUUGAAGUUCUUGUGGAGAUCGUUCGCCGCUCAGCCCACAACGGCCAAGAUCCGUCAGGUCUUCCCGGGUGCCCAGACGAACGAUCAGCUCGUCGAAACGAUCAGAUCCAGUCUCGAAAAGUUCGGAUUCGGAGAAAACUCCCUCAUUGCUACCUCCUUGUGUUGCGACGAAGUCAACCGUCCCCUCGAUAAGGCUCUGUCGGAGACCUACGGUAGCUACUUCUCCAUGGGAGGUCUCGCUGGCUUCCCCUUUGGAGGUCUGACCUCCUUCGGAGCCAUGGCUGCGCACAUCCCCGACGGGGGCUCUUGCGUUGUGGUGUACGGGCCUCACGUUGGUGUGGACUCCAAGGGUAACGUGGGUACCGUUGAGCGCCGCGGACGUCAGAAGGGCGGAUCUUGCUGUGGAUCCGGUGUUGCCGCGGCUGGCUUUGUGAAGUCUUGCCUUGCGGGUGACGCCAAGCCCCCCGGCGCCCCCUCGGACCCCCUGGACGCGCAGCAGACGUUCGUGAACUCUAUGCUCCUUCCCCAUGGAGCCCGUCUGAACUCCGCAGAAGAGCCCAUGGUCGAGCUUCCGUACGCUUUGUUUGACGCCCAGGACGAGUUCAUGCGCAAGAUCAUCGAGAAAGGAUCCGGUAACGUGGCAGGAAACGGUCGCAUUGCUCUGUUGGGAGGAAUCCAGAUCAACACCCCCGCCGACCAGCCCGACUACUUUUUACCACUGCGCUUUGACGUCCUGUCGAACAAGGGCGAGACUAUUGAGAAGAUUAUUGAUUCUCCCUCGCGCGUUACCGCUACAAAGAUCUCCAGUGUGUUCCCCAACGCGGUACCGAACGAAAAGCUCCUCGCCAAGAUCAACAGCACACUGGGCUGCUAUGGGUACGGCAAGAACUCUCUGGUUGCUACCUCGCUGUGCUGUGACGAAGUCAACCGUCCUUUGGAAGAUGACCUCAAGGCCGCAUUCGGCGAAAACUUCAACAUGGGCGGACUCGCCGGCUUUGCGUUUGGAGGUGUCACCAGUUUCGGUGCCAUGGCAGCGCAUAUUCCGGACAGUGGCUCGUGUUUGGUGGUAUACGGGCCGCACGUAGGUGUCGACUCGAACGGCAAGGUGGGAACGGUCGAACGACGUGGACGGGCGAAGGGCGGGUCUUGCUGUGGAUCUGGUGUCGCCGCGUCAAUGUACGUCAGAUCGGUGCGUAAUGGCGGGGAAGAAGCUGCUCCGCCUACGGAUCCACUCGACGCGCAACAAAGCUAUGUUGGCACUAUGCUACUCCCGUAUGGUGAACGCUUGGAAAAUGCGGAAGACCCUAUGGUGGAACUUCCAUAUGCUCUUUUUGACGCACAGGACGAGCUAAUGCAGAAGAUUGUUGCCAAAGGCUGCUCGAACGUUGCUGGCAACGGCAAGAUUGCUCUUUUGGGAGGAAUUCAAAUCAAUACGCCUAAAGGCAUGGCAGAUUACUUUUUGCCCCUUCGUUUCGAUAUUCGCGACAACCGCGACGUUACCAUUGAAGAUUUCCUGGUAGAGACUGGUACCUAGACCUCACAUUUUCCUGGCUAUGACGCAGGCCAAUCGCUAUGCAUGGAGAUGCCAUUCUCCUCCAUCUUACCGGCAUCGCGCUCUCCUUUGACGAAAUGUUUUUUACCUCUUCACGAGACCUUACGAGGGUAACCGUACUCUAUACGCAUUGUGGCAAUAUAACUUUAACUAAGACGCUUGCUGUUAGUGC